AUGGCGUUUCGAAGAAACAUACUACCGAAAUGCGUGGAGGACGCGCUAGCCACCGGCCUGCUAGUGCUUAUGAUACCGACGUGUUUCUACUUCCAAUUCUUCGUGGUGGUCCCGACGUACCACGAACAAUGGGGCACCGGAUACAAUUUGAAUCUGAUCGCCUCGACUGUCUUGCUAUUCGGCGUUUGCGCGAAUUUCCUGGCCCUGAUCCUGACCGAUACGAGCGUGAAGAAGCUACCGGCGCGCUCGCGGGCCCAUUCCGAUUGGAGAUACUGCACCGAAUGCAAGGAGUUCGCGCCUCCCAGAUCGUGGCAUUGCAAAAUCUGCGACGUUUGCAUACUCCAAAGGGACCAUCACUGCCUCUUCACCAGCUGCUGCGUGGGCUUCGACAACCAAAGAUACUAUUUAGUGCUGUUAUUCUACAUGUUGUUAUCCCAACUGUACGGAGCUUACUACAGCUUUUAUUUCUCGAAGGAUUUCCUAAUCGACUGGUCUUGGUACUCCAUCGUGAAAUUCGCCUUUCCCGUUUUCUUCCUCUUCACGCAUUUCGAUGUAAACCAAAUCUACAUACUGAUAAUCAAUCUCAUGCUAUCCGGUAUGGUGGGUACCGCCAUUUUGUUCCAAUACCACGUAGAAUUGAUGCUGAAAAGCUUCGUAACGUACGAAAGAAAAACGACGAAAUCCGCCAGUAAAUACGACAGAGGUAGAUUAAAAAACGUGGAAAUAGUCCUGGGAAGCAGGUGGUACUUGGUGUGGAUCGCCCCGUGGAUAAAAAGCCCACCGCCCUGCGACGGCACCAACUGGGAACUAUUAGAAGCCAUUAAAGGCGCUUAA